AUGCAUCCAAGGCCGAGGGGACCUAAUGCAUCUGACUCAAUCCCACGUGAGCCUUUUCGGGGGCAAGGUAGUCUUCUAGGACAGCCCUCACCUGGUCCUCGCCUAGGAAUACCCCAAGAAUUCAUGGGAAGAGAAGCGGGGGCAGGAUUUUCGAGGCCAGAUGUUCAGGUCACUCAACAUAGAAUGGAUCCAAGACAAGCAAGGGAAAGGAGAAAUCAGCAGAAGGAAGAACGCUGUGCUACUCGCUGGGAUAAUAAUCCACUUCCAUGUGGGAAUAGUGGCCAGAGCCAGCCUGCUUCAGGAAAGCCUGCAGAACCAAACACAAACGUUCAGAGCCGUUACACAAAUGAGAGUGCUUCGAGUAUUUUGGCAAGCUUUGGCUUAUCUAAUGAAGACUUGGAAGAACUUAGUCGCUAUCCGGAUGAUCAGCUCACACCUGAAAACAUGCCUUUAAUCUUGCGGGAUAUCCGAAUGCGCAAAAUGUCUCGUCAGUUGCCCAGUUUACCUGCUCAGAGCAGGGAAAAGGAAACCUUCUGCAGCGAUGAUGGCCGUGGCUCCAUGGUAAAGAGCAAAGUAAUUGAUUACGGGCAUGAAAGCAAGUACGGAUAUACUGAAAGUCCGCUUGAAGUCAAAGUUUACAAUUCUGGCGUAGCGACUGAUGAGACUGUGAAAGGGUUUCAGCCUCAGCAGGCAGCUCCUGUGUCUACGGCACCUGCUGGCAUAGCCAACAAUCCACUCAAUGCUGUAGAACAACUAAUACGACAGAUGGGAUUUCAGAGAAGUACGCCAAAUCCCCAGAACUUUUUUGUCAUGAAUACUGCCAACAGUAUGCCUGGAUUAUGUCUGCCUUCAGCAGGACCUGGAGUACCUCUGGCAGCCCCACCAGUCCUACCCAUGAUGCCCCCUAUGGUGCCACCCAUGCCUCAGCCUGUGAUGCUUCCUGUCCAGCAGUCUUUGCCUCCACCCCCUCUCGCCCAGCCCAUGAUGCCCGCUAUGAACCAGCCGCCGCCCCCUUUUGCUCCCGAAAUGCUUGAGAUUCUGAACAGGUGCGACAGGAUUCAGCAAGAAUCCAGGGCCAAGCCUCCUCCUAAGGCCCCCCCUCGGCCUGUGGGGGGUCAGAAGAAUUUCCAGAAAGUGGCCGAAGAGCCUAUUGAGUCCCCUUUUGGUGUGGUGAAGGCCUCUUGGCUUCCAGCGUUUUCACACGCGGAUGCACAGAAGCUGAAGAGACUCCCUACUCCCUCUAUGAUGAAUGACUACUACGCUGCAUCUCCAAGAAUAUUUCCGCAUAUCUGUUCUCUGUGUAAUGUAGAAUGUAGACAUUUGAAGGACUGGAUUCAGCAUCAGAACGCUACUACCCAUAUUGAAAACUGUCGCCAGCUACGCCAACAGUACCCUGACUGGAAUCCUGAGUCUCACUCUUCAUCAAAAAGGCGUAAAGGUGACAGACAGGAGACUCAUGCUCCAAGGCGACAUUCUGCCAGCCCUAGCCCGAAGCGUUCAAGACGCUCAAGCUCUAACCAUGCCAGGCGUUGGUCACCCUCCAGAAGCCCAGGGUAUCGCAGGACCAGUCGGCCAAGAAGCCGAAGUCCAAGGCGCCUUCCUAGUCCCAGACAUAGGUCACGGUCUCCAUGGCGGCCUCCGAAUUCUAGUGCACAGCCUUCAAGAUCUUUCAGCAAGGAAAGAGAAUUAGGAAGAUCUACUACAUCUGAAGCGAUAGUGAAAUGUUUGGGGCACCGUUUUGUCGAACAGUUCAAUAAACAGAAGUCGCAACAAAGUGCGGGCCGAGGGACUUCGGAACCAAGGAGAAUGCCGCCUGAGCCAGGGAAGUCGCUUGGGAGCGUGAAGAAGAAUGCGAGUGGUCCUCCUGUCCCUCAGAAGACUUCCAAGAGAGACUCGCUUUCUCAUUACAACCUGUCUGAUGCCAAAAUAAAGCUGCCCGAGGCUGGUGUUACGUCAAACAAAGGAGGAUUGGCUGUGGAAGGCAAAAACAAGAACUUGCCCAUGGGUGCACUAGCAAAGGAUGCAAGUGUUGCCCACCCUCCUUACAAUAGGCUUUUGACAGAUAAACUCUUGAGUUGUGGUACAGUUCUUCAUAUAUCUGAUCUACCAGAUGAUGGCUAUACAGAUCAAGAUAUUAAGAAAAUUGUUCAGCCCUUUGGAAAAGUUAGUGACUACUUAGUGAUUCGUUCUAGAAAUGAGGCGUUCCUAGAAAUGCAUUAUAAAGAAGCGGUAAUAGCAGCUGUCAAAUACGGUGAAACAGUUCCAGUUUUGGUUAAUGGAAGGCGUGUGAAAAUAAGCCUAGCAGAAAAGCCCAAAGCACCUCCCAGCCAGGGGUAUGGCGGCGAGUGGAGAACAGUCCGGGGAAGAACUAAUGUGCGGGGACAAGGAGCAGGUAGUGGGGCUCCUUCCCCGCUGCAAAGAUGCUGCUGCGGACAAAACGUCCAGAAAAGCCGCCACCCAGGCAAAACAGUGCGAGCUCAAAAGAGAGAGCAGUUGGCGGAAGAGAAAAAAGAUGGUGCCAAACGAUCGAUCGCUGCAGGAGACGCGCGCACUGCAGAGGUCGCGGCUGCCACCCCCCAUUCGGCCCCUGAGAGUAACGAGGGUGCGGUGGAGGAAGAAGCCUGUAAUGCCGGCUCUGAGGGAGAAUCUGCUGCAGGCACCGGAGGCGCUCAGCACCUGCUAGAAAUCCAAGCCAUAGAUCAUGUACCACACACGGAGCAGCACACAGGGGUCUACUCCGUCUUCUUUACAGUCCCAAAACGCAAUGGAGACUGGCACGCCAUCUUGGACUUAAAAUUCCUAAAUCGGUUCGUCGUUUUCAAGCGUUUCAGAAUGGAGACCUUGAAGUCCAUCAUCGAGGCCUUGAGACCGCAGGCGUACAUGACAUCAAUAGACCUCACGGAGGCAUACAUGCAUAUAUUGAUACACCCAUCACAUCCCAAGUUCCUCCACUUCACACACGGUCGGUGCCACUAUCAGUUCCGAGCCCUCCCAUUCGGGCUCUUAGCUCCAAGGACGUUCACCAAGAUCCUAAUCACCCUGGUGGCCCAUCUCAGAGAAAAGGGAAUACACAUAUUUCCCUAUCUCGAUGACAUCCUGAACGAAGGAAAUGAGAAGAAAGCUGUGCAGAAUGUCAAGCCUCCGCUGAAUACAAAGAAAGAUAAGACCAACUCUGCUGCUAAAACGCCUAAAAUAGCUUCACCUAUGACCUCUGCUGCAAAACCUGAUGAGAAGAAGCCUGGAGAACCUCCAAAGGUUGGGGAGGCAAAGGUAGCCGUGGAACUGAUGAAGGGAGUCGAUUUGGCGAAAUCUAGGGGUACAAAGGCAUCUGUGGAACAAAAGAAACCUGCAGAUCCAAAGAAGACUGAGGAGGCCAAAAAACCAGUAGUUGGCAACAAGACCACCGACUCCAAGAAAACUGCUGACUCCAAGAAAACUGCUGACUCCAAGAAAACUGCUGAUUCCAAGGCAAAAGAAACCAACAACCCUAUAGAUGUGCCAGACACUGCAGAGGCUGUACGAACUACAGAAGCAGGUGACCCAGACAUUAAGGAAGCAGAAGGGACUUGUGUGGUGGUGAUUUCUAAUCUACCCGAGGGAGGGUUAUCUCUGGAUGAAAUUUCCAACCUAACCAAGCCCUUCGGAGGACUGAAAGAUGUUUUAGUUCUGUCUUCACAUAAAAAGGCAUACCUAGAAAUAAGUCAGAAAUCUGCAGACUCCUUGGUGAAGUAUUAUUCUUGCUUUCCCAUGUGUGUGGAAACGAACAAGCUGUGCAUUAAUAUGGCCCCUGAAUUCAAGGAUAUACAAGACGAGGAAACUAUAUUUAUUGCUAUGAUUAAAGACGCCAACCCACAGGCAAAUGUGGAAGCUCUUCAUGCCCAGUUUGUACAUCUUGGCAAUUUGCCUGAAGGAGGGUACUCGGAACUCGAAAUACUGUGCGUCGGGCUUCGAUUUGGACGAGUGGAUCACUACGUGGUGAUGAGCAAUAAGAAAAAGGCGAUUCUUCAGUUGGAUAGCGCUGAGUCAGCUGCAUCCAUGUGCCGCUUUCUAAGAAGAUACCCUUACAGUCUGGGGGAGUCAAAGCUGACAGUCUCACGAUCUCCAAAGAUUGAACCUUGGCCAGCUGAAGUCACAAAGAAGGAGGUGAAAAAACAAGAGCCAAGCAAAGAGAGCACUGACUUGAAAAAAAAUCCCGAAGGAUCAGGAUUGGUGCGCCCAGCUCCCGUUCCUUCAGCAAAGCCUGCUGAGGCCAAGGAAGAGCCCACUUCUAAGUUGAAAGCUGCGAUGGCCGAAGUGAAGACUGAACCUCUUGAGAAGAUGAAAUGUGAAGCUCCUUCAAAGCCAUCAGAGACUAUAACGCCGAAAGGCAAAUUGGCAGUAUCAACUGACAAACUAGUUGACUUGAGUUUGUCUGAAGUAAAAUCUGAAAAAGCUUUGGCUUCCAGCAUCGGAAACAAGGAAAAGGUCACAGAUAAGUCUAAUGCUGAAUCACUGGGAAAUGCCUCUACAUCCACAGCAGGGAACAAAGAUGAAGAAUUAGCUGUUCCUGCUGGUGAGCUCUCAGAAGCAUUGAAAAGCACAGCCAAAACGGGAGGGGCAGGAGCAGGUCCUGCCAAGACAGAGGAAGGAGUAGAGAUCGCUCCUGCCAUCCGUGAGACACUGCCACUGGGCUCUGCUGAAGCUCCAGUGGCGGAACUGCCAGGGGGAGAUCCACCGUCAAGUACCAAGCUGGUAUCUCCAGGAACAGAUCAGACCAGCGCAUCCAGAAAGCUGCCUGAAAUGUCUGCCCCUGAGGUGAGGGUGAAGGUAGACAAGGAGCCUGAGAAUCCCUCGUCCACAGUGGAAGGUGGCAGCAUGGAGGUGGAACCUGAGACAGCGGAACCUGAGACUAUGGAAGUGGCAAAGGGAAAGCCUGAACUACAAGUGGGCAAGGCUGAAUCAGCCUCAGAGAAGCAGCCUGAAGUGCUGGUGUCGAAUGACGGCUCAAUCCAGGAGGAGAAACUUAAAAAGAAUGCCGACAAGGACGGUCCUGAGCAAGGGUUGCCCAAGUCACAGCCAAGUAAAGAAAUGGGGCAAGCCCAGCCUGAGGAAUCCAGUGAAACCCAUGCAGACUCCGCACCCAGUGCAGACAUGACUUCUGUUAGUAAAACCAUCUUAAAGGCUUUGAUGUCUGUUCCAAAUGUAUCAAAGAAAAGAACUACGACACGGAGGAAGGAGGAGCAGAAGCCCGCCAUAAAGACAGGGACCAGGAGCGGCACAGUUGCCGAGAAGAAGCCUGCGCCAAAAGAAGCGAGUCAGCAAAGGCCAAUGAACAGCAGGUCAAACUUGCCAGAGAGCAAAGCUAAAGUGAGGCUGAGUUCUCUUGUUGUUAAGGUAGGCAGUGGGAAGAGUUCGUCGCAGCAAGACAAGGACUCCCAAGUGGAAACUAAGGGUAGCUCAAAGCAGACCCAAGAACAAGAAACUAGAUCGUCCACCGUGAAGCGUGACGGCAACAGAGAAAAGGUAUUUGUUGGGAGAAAUACUAGAAGUUCUAACAGCAGUGCAAACCCCAAAGAGGAAGAAGAACUUUUCCCAUUUAACUUGGAUGAGUUUGUUACUGUGGACGAAGUUACAGAUGAAGUGGACUCUUCCUCUCAGCCGAGGAGGAACCCUCCAAGGGGUAAAAGAAAGGAUACUCCCCAUGAGCCCAGCUCCAAGAGAAGGAAGGGCAAGAACUCUGUUGCUCAUGGAGCUGCUGAGAGGGAGCUCUCCUUCGUCACAUUAGAUGAGAUUGGAGAAGAUGAAAGUGGAAUAGCCCAAGCGGCAGAACAUCUGGAAGCCAUCCCGGAUCCCCAGGUGUUGGUCACAGUCGACGAAUUGAACGAUGAGGAAGAACUCAUUUCCGAAGUGGCCCGGAAUCCACAGUCGCUUGUCACUUUGGAUGAGAUCUCUGAGCAAGAAGACUCUGCUACUCAGGAGACUGCAAAAGAAGCAGACAGCGAACCAGACCUUAAAGUGGAGCCCUUAGUAACAGUGGAUGAAAUUGGAGAAGUGGAAGAGCUAACUCUGAACGAGCCUUUGCAUCUUAAGACUGAGACCUCGAGUAGAAGGCGAGAAGAAAAGCGGGCCCUUGAAGAUCCUGGAGAUCUCCUUUCUUCCCAGGUGCCAGAAGAUCCCAGCACUUUAGUCACAGUGGAUGAGAUCCAUGAGGACAAUGAUGAUCAGCCUCUAGUGACUUUGGAUGAAGUGACUGAAGAAGACGAUGACUUCCUGGCAGACUUUAAUCAUCUUGAAGGAGAACUUAACUUCGUGACUGUAGAUGAAGUCGGCAGUGAGGAUGAAGAAGAAGAAAAGGUCACCGUUACAAGCUCAAACGGGGAGGGAUUGGUUGCCACAACAGUCCCAGAAAAAGAGACUGCAGCUGCAGUUUCUGAACCAACGGAGGAUUUACUGUCAGCUGCCAAGCAGGAAGAAACAGUAAUUCUUGAUGAUGCCUCACCAGGAGAGAAAACAUGUGCCGGGGAGGAUCCUCCUGAGGAAAAGAAGACAUCUGAGGCUGAAGUGGAGGCUUCUGAAAAGGAGAGUGUUGCUGCAGAAACAGACAUGCAGGAAACUCCCUUAGUAGAAACCAAGAAGGGUGAAGGAGGGGAAGAUUUGGAGCAGGCCCUCAACGAAGAGACUGAAGCAGAAGCACAGAGGGAGCAGCCUUUGGCAGGAUCAACCUUGAAUCGGACAGAACAGUCAGACAAUAAAGAAAGUGAUACGGAGGACAUUGAGCAGCCAUCUGCGUUGGAGAGCCAUGAAGAGGACGUGGAGGCCAAAGCGAUGGGAAUGGAUGUUGAGGGAUGCUCAGAAUCUGUUCCUCACGAGGAGCAAACGGGGGAUGUGGUGAUGCCUCCUCCAGCCCUGGAGGUUUCUGUUGCAGACAGCCAGCCUGCAAGAAGUGAGGACCCAGAGGCAGGAUCAGAACAGGCUGCCCUGGAUCCAGAUGGCAAGGAGGAGAGCUGCGCAGAGGCGACACCCUCACAGUCUUCGGAGAAGCUCGAGAAAGAAUUGGCUGGAUCGGAAUGUGAAGAACAGGAGCCUGAAAAGAGAACGGUAAAUUCUUCAGAAAAACCGGAGACCUCGGAUAACAUGGAAGAAGAUUUAGACUUCCUUGUGCCGAAAGCUGGCUUUUUCUGCCAGAUUUGUUCCUGCUUCUGUGUGGAUGAAGCGUCUAUGACAACUCACUGCCGGUCUGCACUUCACCAGCAAAAUAAGAAGAAGUUCAUGAGCAAGAAAGCAGAAGAGGAGAAAAAGGAAAGUGGAGGAGACGCUGCGGGGGAGAGUUCAAUGUGA